AAGUGGAUUGAGUGAAUAUGACAAGUGUCAUGCAUAUAGACCUUAUAUCCUCUGUUUCUCCCUCCAAAACUUCCACUCAUCCUUUCACCUUCCAACUUAUUCUUCACUCUGCUUCAAUGGCGGUAGCAGACCUAAAAAGCCCGUAUUACACAUCAACUGAAUUCUCCAAUUCAAAGCUAUCAUCGUCAACUCGUCUGUCUUAUAACCGCUGUCUGAAUUUCCGGCAACUUGCUCGGUCUCCGGCUCCGGUAAUCCGGUGUUCUGUUACCUCUGACCAAAUUCAGGCACCGGUUGGUGUUGAUGCUAAUGAUCCGAAACAGAAGCCCGAAUGUUUCGGUGUCUUCUGCCUCACUUAUGAUCUCAAGGCGGAAGAAGAAACAAAAUCAUGGAAGAAGAUGAUUAAUGUCGCGGUUUCAGGUGCAGCUGGAAUGAUAUCUAACCAUUUACUCUUCAAGCUUGCAUCCGGUGAGGUGUUUGGCCCGGAUCAACCUAUUGCCCUGAAACUUUUGGGAUCCGAAAGAUCGUUUGGAGCCCUUGAAGGUGUGGCUAUGGAACUUGAGGACUCUCUGUAUCCAUUGUUAAGAGAAGUAAGCAUUGGCAUAGAUCCAUAUGAGGUGUUUGAAGAUGCCGAUUGGGCACUUUUGAUUGGUGCAAAACCUCGAGGACCAGGAAUGGAAAGAGCGGAUUUGUUGGAUAUUAACGGCCAGAUUUUUGCUGAACAGGGAAAAGCUCUUAAUGCUGUUGCUUCACCUAAUGUCAAGGUUAUGGUGGUUGGAAAUCCCUGCAAUACCAAUGCCUUGAUCUGUUUGAAAAAUGCUCCAAACAUACCCGCGAAGAAUUUUCACGCAUUAACUAGACUAGAUGAGAAUAGAGCAAAAUGUCAGUUGGCUUUAAAAGCUGGAGUGUUCUAUGAUAAAGUCUCUAACGUCACCAUUUGGGGAAACCACUCAACGACUCAGGUUCCAGAUUUUUUAAAUGCCAAAAUACACGGAAUUCCUGUCCCCGAGGUUAUCAGGGACAGGAAAUGGUUAGAAGAGGAUUUUACUCAAAUGGUUCAGACGAGAGGUGGAGCUCUAAUUAAGAAAUGGGGAAGAUCUUCGGCCGCAUCAACUGCCGUUUCUGUUGUGGAUGCAAUAAGAUCACUUGUAACACCAACACCCGAGGGUGAUUGGUUUUCAACCGGAGUUUAUACAAACGGAAACCCUUAUGGAAUAGCAGAGGGUAUUGUUUUCAGCAUGCCUUGCAGAUCUAAUGGGGAUGGUGAUUAUGAGUUUGUCAAAGAUGUGAUAUUCGAUGACUACCUUCGUAAAAAAAUUAAAAAGUCCGAGGACGAACUGCUUGCCGAGAAGAAAUGUGUAGCGCACUUAACAGGAGAGGGAAUUGCGGUCUGUGAUCUACCAGAGGAUACAAUGCUUCCUGGAGAAGUGUAGAAGUCAUUGAUCAAAUAUUUAUCUGGCAUACCAUAUUCAGGAAACAGAAUUUGAAUCAUGUUUAUGCAUAAUAUCAUGUUCUUAUAGCUGCCGAUACGGGCAAUUUCAGCCACUUUACUAGAUUAAGCUAUUUGUAAUUUUGUUGACUGGAUUUCGAUCUUGGUCAAACUUGAGAAACACAUGUAUGCGACGUGAUUACCAUUCUGUUUUCAUAGCGUUCGUAUUUGCAAAA